AUGAAUCCUUAUAACUUGGUGGGAAAAAUAAUUUAUGCAUUGGUACCGUCAAAAUAUAAAUGCCAAGAUAAAAAGGAGGGUGCUAUUUCGUAUACUAAAGUGCAUAUAUCAUCAUCCAAUGAAAAUGAAUCAGAUGUUUAUAAAGCAUUAGAUAAACCCGAUCCAGGAUAUAAAUAUAUUUUUGAUUUAAUAAUGGAAGCACCACAAAAAAAACUGAACAUGCCUGCAGUAAUUGAAAAUGCAUAUGGAAAACGCGCUGAAACAUAUACUUACAAAAUGCUGAUAGAUAAAGUUAAUGCAUUUUCAUCUGUUUUAGAUUCAUAUGAUGGGGGUGUUCCUGAAAAAUCAUAUGAUGAAAAAGAAAACGAUGGGAAAUUUAAAAUAUUAGGUAUAUAUGGAAAUAAUUCAUUAAAUUGGUUAGUAGCAGAUAUGGCUGCUAUGAAUACUGGUGUUACUACCUUAGUUAUGCAUUCGAGAUUUAGCAUUGAUGAAGUUAUUGAGAUUUUAAAUGAAUCUAAAUUAGAAUGGCUAUGUUUAGACUUAAAACAUACACAAACAAUAUUAGAAAGAAUAAAGGAUUUGCCACAUUUAAAAAAACUUAUAAUACUUGAUCAUAUCCCAAAUAAUGAUCCUAAGAAGGAAAAAGAAUUAAAUAAAAAUAAUAAUACCGAAAAAAAAUCCUUAAAAGGUUCCCUUAAAACGAAGGAAUCGUCAUCUACUGCUGAAGAAAUAAAAUAUAAAGAACUCCUUGAAAAAGAUAAACAAAAUUUAUAUGAUACAUAUAUGAAAGUUGAACAAGAUGCACAAAAAAAUAACAUAGAAAUUCAUACGAUAGAAUAUGCUAUGGAAAAGUUGGCUCAUCGAGGUGCAGUUAAAAAGAAGCAAAAUAAAUCUCCAAAUUUUAUUAGUACGAUUAUUUAUACUUCUGGAACUUCAGGAAAGCCAAAAGGUGUUAUGUUAAGUAACAAAAAUAUAUAUAAUGUAAUUUCAGCAGCUAUUAGUUCCGAAUUGCUUGAUUAUUUUCCAACAAAAUAUCAUUUAUCUUAUUUACCUAUGUCACAUAUAUUUGAAAGAAUAGUUAUGUACUAUUGUAUAUCUGGAGUAAUUCCAAUAAAUAUAUUUAGUAACGAUAUAAAUUAUUUUAAAUAUGAUUUGCUAGGAUCAGAAGCAAGUUCAAUAAUUUGCGUUCCUAAAAUUUUGAAUAAACUUUAUAGUGGUAUACAAGCAGAAAUAGCUAAUCUUCCACCAGUAAAAAAAUUUAUUGUGAACACGGCGUUAGGCAUACGUAGAUCACACCGACACGGUAAACUUGAUCGUCUUGUUGAAUCGAUUACAGGUAUUUCUAAAAAAAUAAAAAGUAAAAUAAACCCAACGUUGAAAAUGUUUCUUAGUGCUGGUGGAAAAUUGUCAUCCGAUGUUGAAAGAGAGUUAUCACUUCUAUUAGAUGUUGACAUAUAUCAAACAUAUGGGAUGACCGAAACAGCUGGAUCAAUUUUUAUACAGGGUCCUAAAGAUAAAAGUACUAAUACUGUUGGUGGGGCACAUAUAAAACCUAUUGAAUAUAAAGUAUCAACAUGGGAAACAUACGAUGCUAAAUCAAAACCACCAAAAGGAGAAUUAUUAGUUAAAAGUGAUCAAUUAUUUAGAGGAUAUUUCUUAAAAGAAGAUUUAACAAAAAGCUUGUUCACAAAAGAUAACUAUUUUAAAACAGGUGAUGUUGUACAAAUUAAUCAAAAUGGAUCCGUCACAUUUUUAGAUAGAUCUAAAGGUUUACUUAAAUUAUCUCAAGGUGAAUAUAUAGAAACAGAAACUUUAAAUAAUUUAUACUCAAUGAUUCCAUAUAUUAAUUAUUGUGUGGUAUAUGCCGAUGACUCAAUGGAUGGACCCAUGGCAAUUUUAUCUGUUGAUAAAAAUUUGUUUUCACAACAUUUAGAAAAUGAUGGUAUACUUAAGAAAUUAAAUAUAUCUAGAAAAGAGUUUAUGGAUAAAGUAUUAGAUGAAGAAGUUAAUAAAAAAAAAGAAUAUGUUGAUUAUAUUAAAAAAGAUAUGUUAGAAGCUUAUAAUAAAACAAAUUUAAAUAGUUAUAAUUUAAUUAAUGAUAUAUAUAUCACAAUGGGAUUAUGGGACACCUCCAAUUAUUUAACACCAACUUUUAAAGUAAAGCGAUUUAAAUUAAUAAAUGAUUACGAUUUUUACUUCCAACAAGUGAAAUCCAAAUAUAAAGAAAAAUUAAAAGGUCAAAAAGCUCCUGCAAAAAAUUAG